UAUGUAAACAAAGUUAAUAUUAAAAAUUAGAAAAUGUCAACCACUAGCGCUGCAUCAACAACUGGUGCCUAUAAUCUCACAAUGAUAGCAGAUGCUUUCUUAGGAGAAAGAUUAACAGUUUGGGACAUAGUUGUUGUUGUAAUUUAUUUUUUCAGUGUCAUUGGUGUUGGUGUUUGGUCGAUGUAUUCAACAAAUCGUAGCACUGUUGGUGGAUAUUUUCUAGCUGGAAGAUCAAUUUCUUGGUGGCCGAUCGGGGCAUCUUUAUUCUCGAGUAAUGUAGGAAGUGGACACUUUGUGGGACUUUCAGGAUCUGGUGCUGCGACUGGCAUUGCUGUUGGCACUUAUGAAUGGAACGCUAUGUUCAUCGUUCUACUUCUUGCAUGGGUAUUUUUACCGGUUUACAUUGCAUCUGGGGUGGUAACAAUGCCUGAGUAUUUGAAGAAAAGAUUUGGCGGACAAAGGCUACAAGUCUGCAUCGCAUUGCUUUAUCUAUUCAUAUAUAUAUUUACAAAGAUUGCGGUUGACCUAUAUGCUGGAGCAAUAUUUAUUCAUGAGGCACUAAAAUGGGAUUUAUAUCCGAGUGUAAUUGGUUUGCUGGUUAUCACUGCAUUCUAUACCAUUGGAGGUGGCUUAGCUGCAGUGAUAUACACUGAUACAUUACAAACCGGAAUUAUGUUGCUUGGUGCAGUUGUUCUCAUGAUUGUUGGAUUCGUUAAUGUAGGAGGCUACUUUGGACUCGUCACUGAGUACAUGAAAGCUACGCCUACAUACACACUCUUGGAACACCCAGAGUGUGGCAUCCCUCUCAACGAUUCAUUUCAUGUAUUUCGUGAAGUGACUGAUGAAGAUUUUCCUUGGACUGGUGUUGUGUUGGGAAUGCCAAUACUUUCAAUAUGGUAUUGGUGUAGUGACCAGGUGAUUGUUCAAAGAACACUGGCUGCCAAAAACUUAACACAUGCUAAAGGAGGAGCCCUACUUUGUAGUUAUCUUAAAAUAUUACCCAUGUUUCUGAUGGUGAUGGUGGGGAUGAUCAGUAGAGCAAAAUUUCCAGAACAAGUAGGAUGUGUAGUACCAGAAAUAUGCCAAAAAGUUUGUGGAAAUCCAACUUCUUGUUCUGAUAUUGCUUAUCCAAAGAUGGUUAUGGAGUUUUUGCCAAUAGGUGCUCGAGGAUUGAUGAUGUCUGUCAUACUUGCUGCGCUGAUGAGUUCAUUGACUUCAAUUUUCAAUUCAAGCUCGACCUUGUUCACAAUUGAUCUUUGGCAAAGAGCAAGAUCGAAAGCAUCGGAAAGAGAACUGAUGAUUGUCGGAAGAGUUUUCAUUAUAUUUCUUGUCAUACUGAGUGUGCUAUGGAUCCCUGUUAUUCAAGCACAAGAAGGAGGACAGUUAUUUACAUACAUACAAAAAGUCAGUUCUUACUUUCAACCUCCGGUCGCUAUUUGUUUUCUUUUAGCUGUAUUUUGGAGAAGAACAAAUGAACAGGGAGCUUUCUGGGGCUUGUUCACUGGAAUCAUAAUUGGCAGUAUUAAAAUGAUAUUGGAUUUUGUAUAUCCUCCUCCACCUUGCGGUACAAUUGAUGAUCGGCCUAGUGUUGUCAAGAAUGUUCAUUACCUACAUUUUGCUGUCAUACUAGCUCUUCUGACUGCAAUUAUUAUUGUACUUGUGAGCAUCUGUUCUCCUGCCCGACCAGCGAGUGAGUAUGGUGGAUUAACAUGGUGGACAAGACAUGAUGUAAAAACUACAGCUUUGAAAACUGAGAAAUCAGCUCUAGUGACUCAGGAUGAGAUUUGUCAACGAUAUAACGAUUUUUCUCCUCAACUAUCUGUUGAUAAUGAAGAGGAAUUUUCUCAGCACUUGGAUGACAAUGAUUUGGGUCGCCCAAGCAUUAUUCCAAGAUUCUCAUUACCGGCUGUUAGCAGUGUUACUUACGAUGGUAAAAAUGUUCAAAUUAAUGAACACUCUAGAACGCCUACAAGCAAUGAACCAGCAAGUGAGAGUAAUUUUGAAUUGAGUAAUAAAGUUGAUAUCCCCAUCUGGAAGAAGGUUGCGAUAUUCAUAUGCGGUUUAGACAGUAGUAAAAAAUCAGUAGAGGUCACCAAUGAAAAUGCAUCUGCGAUUCAAUCGUUAGAGGAAGACCCUUUCUGGAGGAAGGUUGUCAAUUACAACAUGAUAGUUUGUGUUGUAGUUGCGAUAUCUUUGUGGAUUAUAUUCAGGUGAAUUUUGACAAUUACAAUAGUCGUACUAUUAAUCCCAUGUAGUUAAGAGGCAGUCCAUUUUUGAAUAGGGUGAAUUUCUCAUCUAGGAUACUCUAUAGAUUUUUUUGAUUAACCAUAUACUGCUAUGGAUUUUAAAUAUGUCACUUUACCUAUAACAUGUAUAUUUAGAUUAAUUAUGCAUAUUUGUUUGCCUUUGGUGUUUUUCUUUUUAUUUCACUUUUUCAUUUUUUUAAUCUCGACUCUCCAGUAUAUUUUAUAUACAAUCUUCCCAUAUUUAUUUAUUCAAAUUUCAUGACUUUUUCGAUCCAAUUUCACUCUUGAACACAUUGAUUAAAACUAUUCUGAUAAAAGUUUUUAAAAGUAUUUUUGCCAACAUCAUCUCUAAUACCAGGCUGUGUCGUUUUCAACUAAUUAAAAACGGACCAUACCUCAAGAUUAUAAGCCAUGUGGCAAUUAUUCUUGAUUUUUUAAGAAAUGAAGUAUUUAGUAUUAUUUGUGAUAUAAGUGGAAAUUCUCAACUCUUACCCAGACCUGAUACUUCUUAACUGUUACUCAGUAGUCGCAUACAUAUGAUUCAAAUCGACUGUUUACUGUCAUCUCUCAAUUAUCAUUCAAAAUAGAACUAUUCAAUUGCACACAAUUUCUUAAACAUUGUUAUUGUAAUAUUACACUAAUAAAGAUACUGUGAAAUAUGUUUAUCUCCGCCGAUUAGGUACUAAUUUUUUUGUGCAAUACUUGUAUAAUUUCAAUGAAUUUGUUCACUAAAUACUAUGCUGAUCAAAUUAAUAAACAAUCAUAAACUUUCAUUACAUAUUUUAUAUUUUAAUUUACCCUUUGUUGUUUUAUUAUAACUCAUGUAUAAAAAUGCUCUGUCAUGAAAUAGGAGUUGUCAAUAAGACCAUUGUGUCGUUUUUUAUAUUAUUUUUAUUGGACUUUAAAAAUCAUGUUGCUUAGAAGUCAGAAUACACCUUGUAAUCACUCAGGUACACAUUCUGCCUGCUGCUUUUUUAUUGAUAGUUUUUAGUACAAUAACAGUGUCUUAAAUAGUAUUUGCCUUGGUUUUGGUUUUCUAUAUUACCUAUUCUUGCUUCUAUGUAUUUCGUUUCUUUCAAUGUAAUAUCAUAUUGUGAUGGGUGUUCGGGUAUUAUUUUCCUAUAAUUUUAUUCAGAGUGCCUUUUAAUAAUAAAAUGCAAUUUCCCUUUUA